AUGGAGUCAACGACCGACGAACCCACCGUGCCCAGGGGCAUCUAUUGCCCCACCAUAACAUUCUUCUCGAAUAAUCCCUCACAAGACCUCGAUCUGGAAGUUCAAGCAAAACAUACCAAAUACCUCAUCGGAGCUGGUGUCCAUGGAAUAACGGUUCUGGGAACCACUGGCGAGGCGCCUAUGCUGUCACGCAAAGAACGGAAUGCCGUCACCAAAGCAGUUGUUUCCGCCAAAGACCAAAUGAAUGCCGGAACUAUAAUCGCGGUGAGGUGCUCUGCACAAAGUGUUCGGGAGACGAUUGAGAUGUGUCAAGAGGCAAAGGCAAAUGGAGGACAGUAUGCGUUGGUUCUUCCACCGAGUUAUUGGGCGGCAGCAAGCACCCCCACGGUGAUCGAGACUUUUUACUGUUUGGUCGCAGACCAGUCACCCAUACCCAUUAUCAUCUACUCUUUCCCGGCGGUAACACAGGGCGUGAGCAUGAAUUCUGACUUGAUUUCAGUCCUUGCAAAGCACUCCAACACUGUUGGCGUUAAGUUAACCUGCGGAAGUGUUGGUAGCCUUACUCGCCUAACAAACACCUUUACCCCCUCGCAGUUCGCCGUCUUUGGUGGCUCUAGCGACUGGUUAGUUCCAGGUCUGAUUGCUGGAUCCUGUGGUGCUGUAACUGGCCUCGCCAACACACAUCCACGGUCCUGUGUCAAGCUAUUUGAUUUAUUCCAGAACGGGAGUUACCACGAAGCCAGAAGGUUGCAAGGUAUCAUCAGCAGCGCUGAGUGGGGCAUGGGAAACACUGGGAUGAAUGGCACGAAAUAUGCCACUGAGUGGUUUGGUGGGCACGAGGAGAAAGUACUGCCGAGAGCGCCGCUGAUGGAAUGCUCUGAGAAGACGAAGGCUUGGAUUCGGGAUAUCAUGAAGGACCUGGCGGUUUAUGAGAGUCAACUUCUUGUUGAGCGAUCUGAUGGGCGCAUGGUAAUAUAA